GUCAGCUCUAUUAUUACAGACAGGAUGGCAUCGCACUGUGUGAGGGCAAAUCUUUCACCUCCGUCCAUGUUUCAGACUGGCACAGUUUUUGUUGAUGUUCGGGAUGAAUGUUAAAUAGAGUCGUAGUAUAAAUGAUAGUGAGUGACGCAUUUCUGUAGCUUCCCAUAAGUUACCAAAUCUAAUUUACUGUUGCUGAAUAGAUACUUAAGGAGAUAUUUAAACUUGAAAAACCAAAGUGUUUCCUACUGAAGUUAGGUGUAAACAUGCCUCGUCCUUUAUUUCAACGUAAUGGUUGCCGGGACCCUUUUGAGGAGAGGACGCAAAUUAAUCUUUUUGACCGAAGCACCGGGCUUCCCUGUUUCCUUGAACCCGAUGAAGUUAGCUGGAUAGAGUCGGCCAGGAAGCGAUUGGGGGCAUCCACCUGGCCUGAAUGUUUGCGCUUGCCACUCUUCAGCACUUUGCGCAUGGAGAUUUUGCCUACACCAUACAUUGGAUCCCAAGGACAGGUUUCUGGUGCCGUGUGUAAACAAGAAGGACAGCAAAGCUGGAAAAUCUGUCUCAAUGUUCAUCCAUACUCAUCAGAGGAGAUUAGCAUCAAAACCAAGGAGGGAUAUUUGGAGAUAACAGGUAAUUGUGAGGAGAGGCAGGAAAACAACAGAUUGAUCUCCAGAAGCUUUACAAGAAAAUACAAGCUUCCACCUGACUUAGACCUAAAACAGAUGAGCUCCAUGCUGUCUCCAGAUGGGAUUCUCUCAAUAGAGGCCCCAUUAACUGGCUCUAAAGUUGCCCUUCUUGAAGAGACUGUCAUCCCUGUUCACAUGAUGAAAAAAUCUGCACAAGACUAACUUAUGGAUUAUGAAAAUGUAUUCACCUGUCUUGUUUUAUAUGCGUUCUCUUAACACUAUAACUAACAUUGUAGAUGUAUUUCUAAUGGCUUAACAUGAUAAUAUUAUUAUUAAGUCAUUGUUCUGAUGAGAGCUCUGCAGUUUUUGUAAGAAAUGUUGAAACUUUGUCAAAUCAAUGGGUCUCAUUCACUAAGCAUGCGUACGCACAAAUGUAUGCGUCAGAUGUGCUUACGGAUGUUUUCACGAACAAAACGUGAUUCAACAAAAGCUUUCGUAUCAAAAUGUCUUCUAAAUGAAAACAAUUCAAGAAAACCUAUAAAACCACUAUAAUCAAAUACUAACUAUAAUGUGUACGAUAAUGUUGAUAUAUAAAAUUUAAAUGUGUAUAUUUUAUAAUAUUUUCUGUAUUACAUAUACAGAUACAUGAUCUAUUUUAUUAUUAUAUACAUAUUAUUAUGGCCUACUUAUUUUUUCUACACAUGAAGAAGAUGCACGUAAUGACACAUCUUCACACUUUCCUUCCUCACGUUUUAAAUCUCUAUAUGAAAACAUCUGCAUAAUGCCUAUGUAAAGGUCAAGUAAAUGUAAUGAGAAGUCUAAACGUCAAUCACUUGAUCUCCUGUCGACUAUAUUUUUGUUAAAUAGCGACUUUAUUCUCGUUAAAUAACGACUUUAUUCUUGAAAUUAUAUUUAUUCUGACUUUUUUCUCGUUAAAUAAUGACUUUAUUCUCGCAUUUUAAUGACUUUAAUGUCGAGAUGGUUUUAUUUUAUUUUUAGCUUGGUCCUAAUCCUCCUUCGUAGUUUUGUUUCUAUGACAACCUGCUCUAAACUUUUCUGCGGAAAGCCCUUAUAUGGAGCUAGUUUGGGCGUGUUUUAUGCAAAUUACCAUGUAGAACCAGGGGCGUCAUGCACCAAUUUUUUUUAAGGGGGCACAGUGUCAACAGCUCACAGAAAUUUGUGCAUAUACAGACAUCAAACGAAAUAUUAUAGAGCUUUCAGUCUUUUCCAUGGCACUUACAUUUCUAACAAUCUGAAAACCCCUGCUUUCAUGCAAAAACCUCCAAAAUAAAAGUGAUGACUAACUUUCAUAUCAAAUACUAUUCAAUCGGAAUAAUGACACAUUUGCAUCAUAUUCACAUCUGAAACGGCAUGUUUUAUUUAAGUCUUAAUGGCUUGUUUAAUUGUGUAAUUAAUGCAUUUUGCACAACAACUACAUUAUCAUAUAAAAUUAAUGUAAUUUUAAAUCCAUAAAGUAUAUAAACAACGAAAAUUACAUAAGCUAUAGCCACGUGAUUGAUUUUAAUGUUCAAUAAUGAUUUUAAAAAAUAUGUUUAGAUAAAAUUAUUAGAGGAACGGAUUUUUGCAUUAAAUUUUACCUCAUGUGAGCAUGUGAGAUUCCGCGCCCGCGUGAACUUUGGCGAACUUUGGCGUUGUGCCAAGAAGAUGAAUCUCUGC